AUGAAUAUUACUUCAAGAACACCGAAAACUACGCCUAUAACGGAGGAUUACGAUAUCUCCAACACGGUCCUCGGCCUUGGGAUCAACGGAAAAGUAUUAGAAUGCAAGGAAAAGAGAACGGGAAUGAAGCGCGCGCUGAAGGUUUUACACGACAGUGCGAAAGCGAGGCGUGAGGUGGAGUUACAUUGGCGUGCGAGUGGCUGCAUCCAUAUUGUUGAGAUCAUCGACGUCUACGACAACACUUACGGCGGGAAGCGAUGUCUUCUAGUGGUGAUGGAGUGUAUGGACGGCGGCGAGUUGUUCCAGAGGAUACAGGAUAACAGGGAGGGUGCAUUCACAGAGAGGCAGGCUGCUGAGAUAAUGCAUUCAAUAUGCGUAGCAGUACGUCACCUACACGACUCAAACAUCGCUCAUCGGGACAUCAAACCUGAAAAUUUGCUGUACACCAGUAUGGAACCUAACGCCAUAUUGAAGUUGACCGAUUUCGGUUUUGCAAAGGAAACUUUAACACAAGCUGACACUCUCCAGACGCCCUGCUAUACCCCUUAUUAUGUGGCUCCUGAGGUGCUAGGCCCCGAGAAAUAUGACAAAUCUUGUGACAUAUGGUCUUUAGGAGUAGUGAUGUACAUACUGUUGUGUGGUUUUCCGCCAUUUUACUCGAACCACGGUCUCGCAAUAUCGCCGGGAAUGAAAAAGCGUAUAAGAUUGGGUCAAUACGAUUUUCCCGAGCCGGAGUGGUCGAACGUGUCGUCCGAAGCAAAGAAUUUGAUUAGAGGAAUGCUCUCAGUCGAUCCGGCGAAGAGAUUGACCAUACAUCAAGUGAUGUCCAGCCCGUGGGUGCGGCAGUUCACGCAGGUGCCGCAGACGCCGCUGUACACGCACGCGCUGCUGCGCGACGCGGGCGACGCGUGGGCCGACGUGCAGGACGAGAUGACGCGCUCGCUCGCCACCAUGCGCGUCGACUACGAUCAGGUCCAAAUAAAAGCUCUAGAACAGUCGAACAACUCUCUUCUAAAUAAACGAAGAAAUAAAGUGGGCGCC